AUGAAGGAUGAUAAAGGGAUGAACCCAAGAAAAUGUAACUAGAUCAAUAGAUGUGUCACCAAGAAUCAAUCUGCUCAACGAUAAACUCCCUCAAGGUUUUGCAUGAUCAUGUGAUGAAACAUUUUGGGCCAAUCGGAAUGCUUCAGGCCAACAUCUUCAUCAUCUUUAUAUUUCCAUUUAACUUCAACAUUCUCAUCAUACAUCAUCAUCUUAUCUGUCGCACUUUUCGUUACUUUCUUUCUUCUUCUAAAUUAUCCUCACUUGAUCAUCAUCUUCUUCUUCCUUCCCUUUCUUCUGUUUCAUCCAAUUCAACUGGGAGGGAAUCUGUUGUAGCCUGGGAUUGAGUUUGCACUUAUCUGUUUGCUCAUUCCCUUUCAACCAGAUAAGACACAAAAUCUGACGACUAAAUGUUCCAAUGUUGAUUGACACAGCUUUUUGUCUUCUUUCCAAGUAAACAAUUCCAACCUAUAACCUGUAACCUGUUCACCCUUAACCCUGAGUAAUUAUCUUGUCAUUUGGUGAGAGCGAAUCGGCCAAAUUUCAAAUUUCAAAAGUGAAUGGAAAACAAAAAGAAGACCAGAAAAGAAGAAAAAAACGAAAACUUUUGAUUCGCCUUCCUUCGCCAAGUGUGUCCAUUCCCCUCGCCCUGAUCAUCUUCCCUCUCUCCCAUCGCUCAUCAUCUUAGAAGAGCAAAAGAAAAACAAAAAAAAACUUUCAGUUGAAUAACUUAUUGUUUGGUGAUUCACAAAAAGCAUGUCAACCAAUCCAAAGAUUACCGAAUCUCAAUCACUGGGAUCAACAUCUUCACCCAAUUCAUCAUCAACCAAAUUUCAAUGUUCAUCAAAUCAAUCAUGUAAUGCUCCCAGUAACACCAGUAAUAGCAAACCCAUUGGCUCAAACAGUAAUUUAACCUCAAAUAGUAACCUUUGUACAGCUAAUAAAAAUAUUGCAAACUCUUUUCGAGUUGACACCAAAAGUGAACUCGUCGAUGGUAAAGUUAAAACAAGUGUUUUCCAGCAACAAAUCAACUUAUCUUCUUGCUCAUCAUCACCUCAACUCUCGGGUGGACCUGAAGGCCGAUCAAGCGAGUUAAACUGUAAAUCGCUUUGCAAUCCAAUGAAAAGUACAAAUGAUUCAAAGGUUUCAUUAGACGACAGAUGUAACAAUGAAGACGAUGAUCAGGUCGAUGAUGACAUUGAUGACAAUAUUGCAACUGAAUGUUUACUCAAUGAAGGUUUACCAAUUAAACUUGACCUGGUUCGAUCGAUAAGCUCAAAGAGCAGUUUAUUCAAUGCAUUUCGCGAUAAAUCACUUGAGAUUGUUAAUGAACAGCAACAGGCAACUUCAACUUCCCCUCACUACAAACUUUCAACUGGAACUGUUGUCAAAUCAUCUUCAUCCUCUUCCUCUGAACCUGAACGUGAAACCUGGGAUUCCAAGAGUGAAUUUUUGCUGGCAGUCAUCGGGUUUGCCGUUGAUUUGGGUAACGUUUGGAGAUUCCCUUUCAUCUGUUAUCGCAAUGGCGGAGGAGCCUUUCUCAUUCCAUACCUGGUUAUGCUCAUUUUCGGUGGUCUUCCUCUCUUCUACCUGGAACUAGCUUUGGGUCAAUAUUAUCGAAGUGGUUGUCUGACUUUGUGGAAAAACAUUUGUCCAAUAAUGAAAGGCAUCGGUUAUGGUAUUUGUUUCAUUGACUUAUACAUGGCCUCCUAUUAUAACACAAUAAUAGCCUGGGCUGUUUAUUAUCUGGUCGUUUCAUUCAACACUGAGCUUCCCUGGACAAGUUGUAACAACACUUGGAACACACCAAAGUGCCGAAACCUAAUUGAACGAGGUUUAAGCAAUACAACCGGAGUAGUCAGUCCAGCACAAGAAUUUUUUGAGCGUUCAGUUCUUCAAAUCCAUGAAUCCAGUGGAAUCGGUGAUAUUGGUCCAAUUAAACCUUCCCUUGCAAUGUGCCUCGGACUCGUAUUUAUUUUGGUAUAUUUUUCAUUAUGGAAAGGUGUAAAAAGCUCUGGAAAGGCGGUUUGGAUUACCGCUACAUUGCCAUAUUUCGUUCUCACUGUGCUUCUUAUAAGAGGAGUCACUCUGGAAGGUUCAAUUGAAGGAAUUAAAUAUUAUCUUUAUCCACAAUGGGAUAAACUUCUUGAACUUCAGGUUUGGAUUGAUGCAGCAACUCAAAUCUUUUUUUCCCUUGGACCUGGAUUUGGUGUACUUCUAGCAUUAUCAAGUUAUAACAAGUUUCAUAACAAUUGUUUCAGAGAUGCCAUUCUCACAAGUAGUGUCAACUGUUUAACCAGCUUCUUGGCGGGUUUUGUUAUCUUCUCCGUUUUGGGUUACAUGGCCAAGGUACUGAACAAAGAUGUUAGCAAUGUAGUAACUCAUGGUGCUGGUUUAGUGUUCAUUGUUUAUCCUGAAGCAAUAGCAACUAUGCAAUAUUCGUCUUUUUGGGCUGUACUUUUCUUCGCUAUGCUUAUAACUUUAGGUUUGGAUAGUACGUUUGCUGGAUUGGAAGCUUUGAUAACUGGAAUCUGUGAUGAAUAUCCUCAUACUAUAAGAAAAAAUCGUGAAAUAUUUGUUGCCAUAUUAAUUAUUGUCAUUUAUUUAUUUGCACUGCCAACAACAACUUACGGUGGUAAUUAUGUUGUCAACCUUUUAGACUCUUACGGAGCUUCAUUUCCACUGUUAUUUAUCGUCUUUGUUGAAUCCGUCGCAAUAUGUUGGAUGUACGGUGAGUAAUACAAAACAUGCUGGAAGAAACUUGAGUUACAAACCUAACAUUUGAUGCCAUCAAUUCAACAGGAGCCAAUAAAUUUGCCCUACAAAUCAAAGAGAUGCUUGGUUAUAUGCCCGGAAUAUUUUGGAGAGCUUGUUGGACAUAUAUUAGUCCCAUCUUUCUUUUCGUAAGAAACAUAAACUCCAUUUUAAUUUACAAAU